ACCAUAAAAAAAGAAAAAAGCAAUGUAGCGGACGGACGUCGUUGCGACUUUUCUUUCCGUCAUGCAAUAAUUUUGUCAUUCAUGAAAUCGUCGAUAAAAAUUAUUUUUAAUGGUGUCGUUAUUGUGAACAUUAGUUGGAAUAUAGGUUUAAUGAUGUGUUAGUAUUUUAUUUCGCAUAGUUCAUCACCGUAGUUCUUUAUGAUAGGUGUGUGACAAGUUAAGUUCGGUAAUGGUGGCCAUGUCAUGAAAAUCCCAACAGCCAUGGAUGAUAACUCCGUAUCUCAUCACAACGGAGGCCAAGUAGGAUCUCAAAUUGGAGUUAGUGUAAAUAACAAACAAAAUGAGGAACCUAGUCAAACUGUCCAGUAUUCAAUACCGGGCAUUUUGCAUUUUAUUCAACACGAAUGGGCGAGAUUCGAACUGGAGAGAUCACAAUGGGAGGUGGACAGAGCUGAGUUUGAGGCGCGGAUCGCCUUCCUCCAAGGCGAGAGGAAGGGUCAAGAGAAUCUAAAGAAUGACCUGGUCAGACGGAUCAAGAUGCUGGAGUAUGCGUUGAAACAGGAACGGGCCAAGUUUCACAAGUUGAAGUACGGCGUGGAGUUACAGCAGGGAGACGUUCGCCCACCACCGGAGGAGCCGCCAGCGGAGCCCGAGCCGGCCGAGAGGGCGCAGUGGAAGCAGGGACGACAACUUAUAAAACAAUACCUGCAGGAAAUUGGCUACACAGACACAAUCCUCGACGUGCGCUCGAAUCGAGUGCGCGCCCUUCUUGGACUCAACAAUGAGGAGGCCGAGAAUCCCAACUAUAGAAACUAUGAUAAGCAACAACAUGACAGAUGUGACUACGCCAUGAAUCAUAUGGUUCGCAAAUAUGAUUAUGGCAAGGAGCCGCGCAAGAGUGGCGUGUCGGCAAGCGGCGGUUUCAACGAAGAAGGCCUCUCGGUGCAGGAGACGGCCGCAGUGUUCGCCAACUUUGAGUUCCUGACCAAUCAGGAGAUGGACAUGGACGAAAUUGACGAUCUAGAUGCCAAACAAUCACACCAUGCUACUGGUAAACAAGGAGAAGAGGUAGAUCACGAGGCCGAGGAAGUGUUGAAUGAGUUGAACUUACUCACCGAGAGUGAAGCUGUUGGCGGCGGCCAGGGUGAUGAAUACCCAGUUGGCGGCAGCGCGGUGGCGACGGGGUCCGUGCCCGCGGGCGGCGCGGGCGGUGCGGGCGGCGCGGGGGCGGCGGGCGCGGGCGCGGGUGAGGCCGACGAGGAGCCGCUCGCGCUGGGCGAGCUGGCGCAGCUCACCGUCAGCAAUGAGCCCGAGGCCUACGACGUCACCAGCACCAACAAGGAGUCCUUCCGCAAGACAUGGAACGCCAAGUACACGCUGAGAUCGCACUUCGACGGAGUGCGCGCCCUCGCGUUCCACCCGACGGAGGCGGCGUUGGUGACCGCCUCGGAGGACCACACGCUGAAGCUGUGGAACCUGCAGCGCACGGUGCCGGCGAAGAAGUCUGCCGGACUCGACGUGGAGCCGCUGUACACCUUCCGCGCGCACACCGCGCCCGUGCUCUGUCUCGCCAUGGGCGCGCCGCGCUCCGAGGAGUGCUUCUCCGGCGGCCUCGACGGCACCAUCCGCGUCUGGAACCUGCCGCCGCCCACCGCCGACCCGUACGACCCUUAUGAUCCCGCAGUACAGGGCGCGGUGCUGCGCGAGCACACGGACGCGGUGUGGUCGCUGGCGAGCGCGGGCGGGCGGCUGCUGUCGUCGUCGGCGGACGGCACGGUGCGGCUGUGGGCGCCGCGCGGCGCUCGUCCCCUGCUGGCCACGCUGCGCGCCGACGAGUCGCCGCUCGCACCGCCGCCUGCGGCCGCCGACUUCGCAGACGCCGCCUCGCGGGCCGCCGUCGUCUACCGCGACGGCACGCUCUUACUCUAUGAUCUUGAAACCGGACAGCCGGUAUUGCGCGUGCCGUGUGAUAGCCCGGCGAACCGUGUGCGCUCGCACCCGACGCUGCCGCUGCUGGUGACGGCGCACGAGGACCGUCACAUCCGGUUCUGGGACGCGGUAUCCGGUAGAUGCGCGCACGCCAUGGUGGCGCACCUGGACGCCGUGACGGGUCUGGCGCUGGACCCCAACGGGUUGUUCCUGUUGUCAGGCUCGCAUGACUGCUCCGUGCGUUUGUGGAACCUCGACACCAAGACCUGCGUGCAGGAGAUUACGGCGCACCGCAAGAAGUUCGACGAGAGCAUCCUGGACGUGGCGUUCCAUCCGCUGCGGCCGUACAUAGCAAGCGCGGGAGCCGACGGACUCGCGAAGGUCUUCGUUUGAGCGUCGCCGGCGUCCGGUCUAUAUAUAGUAUAUAUUACGUAAUUUACUUUCGAUACGAACUUUAUGUAACGCAAACGCGUGUCGCGCGAACGCUCGUAGACGAGCGUCCGGUACUCUCGGAUUAUGUGUCUAGUCCCCUCGGUACGGUAACGAGUAGCGACGUAUCUGCGAUUCGACGACUGCCGUGUGUGUACGGACGGAGCCGCCGGUUCGUUUUAUCGUAUUUAAAUAUUGUAACGUAUUGGACGCGCGCUUGACGCUCAUUGUGGGCGCGUAGUGAACACUCAUCUAUGUAUAGACAUUUGAAAUCUAUUAUAAUAUAUUUUUAGACUUUCAGUAUGUGGAUUUUAGGUUUUUAUCGCGACUUUUUCACCAGUUUUAUGAUACGCAGUGAGAAUAAUGUUCGUUUCUAUGAAUCUUUAAGCGAGAACUUAUAAUAAAUAUCAUAAUAUGGACACCAACAAUGUUUCCUUGAUAAGUUUUUGAUUUACAUGUCUGUACAGUUAGUAUGUUAUACAGUAUUUGCUGAUAUUUUGCAAUGAACGAAUGGUGUUUCUUUAGCUAGGAUAUUUUAUUUAAAACGAUUGGGUUUCUCUAGAGAAUAUUUUUGUUUUAUUCAAUCAAGUUAAUAUGUUGACAAGCUCUCAUGAUAUCUUAUGAAAUGUUGAGCGGUUGAACAAAAAUAUGAUUGCGUAGAGUACUAUAUCGAAAAUAACAUAAGUAAUGUUUGUUCGUAACGAGUACUGCGUUGUAGAGUAUAUAUUAUAAAACAUUACAUAUACCUUUAUUUUCCUCGAAUUCAUACUUGUACACAUACAUCCCAAAAUUGAUAGUAAAAAGCAACAUAACCGAAUA